AAAGUAAAACUAGCCGUUACGAACAAAUCAACAAAGACGAACGAGCUCUGAACCGUACCCGUUCCCGUCCCUUUCUCUCCUCAGAUCCUCUCUCUCUCUCUCUGGUAUAUCUAUUUUCUUUAUUUGUCUUCUGUUACGCAGUUCUUCAAUAGAUUUCUAAUCCCACUAGAUUUGCAGGGGUAAGGAAAACGAGGAAGGGGAGAGUAACAGAGAUAUCAAACUCAGUUCGCUCUUUAUCCUUUCUUCAAAUAUCCUUACACCUCUAUUCAUGGCCACAGCGCAUCAGUUCAAGAAUCAGAUUUCCAGAAACCAUUUAUUAAAAUCCAUACGUGGUUGGUGCGGCAUUUCUGGAAAGCAAAAGGAGAGAUGGAAGAAGAAUCAUUAUCGAAGUGUCAACAACUCAUUUUCUCCCUUCUGGUUCUUGACGCUGCUCCUGAUUUUUCAGCUACUGGCUCAACUUGUUUCAGGCAGUCAUCAGUGGGAUGGGGUGAUUGUGACCCAAUCAGAUUAUCAAGCUCUUCAAGCCAUCAAAUAUGAACUGAUAGAUUUUAAAGGAGUUCUACGCAGCUGGAAUGACAGUGGCUAUGGAGCUUGUUCGGGGAGGUGGGUAGGAAUCAAGUGUGCUCAGGGUCAGGUUAUCGCCAUCCAGCUUCCCUGGAAGGGAUUGGGCGGCCGAAUCUCGGAGAAGAUCAGUCAGCUUCAAGCACUUCGCAAAAUUAGCCUUCAUGACAAUGUUCUGGCCGGAGCCAUUCCUUGGUCUCUGGGGUUCCUCCACAAUCUCAGGGGGGUUUAUCUCUUCAAUAACCAGCUUUCGGGUUCGAUCCCUCCAUCUGUAGCCUCUUGUCCUCUUCUUCAAACACUUGAUGUUAGUAACAAUUUGCUUUCAGGGGUUCUUCUUUCUACUCUUGCAAACUCUACCAGGAUAUACAGACUCAAUCUUAGCUUUAAUUCAUUUUCGGGUUCAAUUCCAGUAAGUUUCACUCAAUCCCCCUCCCUCAUCUUUCUUGCUCUUCAACACAAUAAUCUCUCCGGUUCUAUCCCUGAUACUUGGGGUGGAACAGGGAAGGAGUUUCAUCGCCUUCAGUCUUUGACUCUCGAUCACAACCGAUUCUCGGGAAUGAUUCCGGGUUCUCUAAGCAAGCUGGGUGAGCUUGAAGAGAUAUCCCUGAGUGAUAACCAACUCAAAGGGACCAUACCCAUCGAACUAGGAGAGCUAUCAAGGCUUCAAACACUAGACUUGUCAAAUAAUGCCAUCAAUGGAAGCAUUCCUGCCAGUCUUUUCAACCUUUCCUCCCUUGUUUCUUUGAAGAUGGAGGGCAAUCACCUAGAGAAUCAGAUCCCAGAAACAGUGGGCAGGUUACAAAACCUCUCAGUACUCAUUUUGAAAAAAAAUCGGCUCAGAAGUCAUAUUCCUGCAACUAUAGGGAACAUCUCUGGCAUUAUGCAGCUUGACUUAUCAGAAAAUGAUCUAGAUGGGGAAAUUCCAGCUUCACUUGCUGAACUACCCAAUCUCAGUUCUUUCAAUGUUUCUUACAAUAAUCUGUCCGGGGCCGUUCCAUCACUCCUCUAUAAAAAGUUCAAUUCAAGCUCCUUUGUAGGGAAUCUUCAGCUAUGCGGGUACAGCAACUCAACCCCAUGCUCUUCUCCGCCACCUAAAAAUCUUCCAUCUCCAUCAGUAGAACCUUUGAAGCAUCAUCAUGGCAAGCACAAACUGAGUACCAAGGACAUAAUUCUCAUAGCAGCUGGAAUUCUGUUAGCAGCUCUACUUUUAUGCUGCAUUUUGCUCUGGUGUUUGAUCAGGAAAAGGGCUGCUUCAAAAGCAAAGAAUGGUAAGAGAACUGCUAUAGCCAGAGGAGGGAAGGCAGCUCCAGCAGUUGGGACUGAAGUUGAAUCAGGCAGAGAAGCCGGUGGAAAGCUAGUCCACUUUGACGGGCCAUUCGUGUUUACGGCUGAUGAUCUGUUGUGCGCAACCGCCGAGAUAAUGGGGAAGAGCACAUAUGGAACAGCCUACAAGGCAACUCUAGAGGAUGGUAAUCAAGUCGCCGUGAAGAGGUUAAGAGAGAAAUUAACGAAGGGCCAGAAGGAGUUUGAAGUUGAGGUUGCUGCACUCGGAAGGAUUCGGCAUCCGUACCUCUUAGCCCUCAGGGCCUAUUACUUGGGACCCAAAGGAGAGAAGCUUCUGGUCUUUGAUUACAUGCUUAAGGGAAGCCUUGCAUCCUUCCUCCACGCUCGUGGGCCUGAAACCACCAUAAAUUGGGCAACAAGAAUGAACAUAGCCAUGGGCAUUGCACGUGGGCUGUGCUACUUACACAACCAAGAGAAUAUGGUACAUGGGAACCUCACGUCGAGCAACAUAUUACUGGAUGAGCAAACUAAUGCCAAGAUUGCAGAAGUCGGUCUCUCACGGCUCAUGACUGCUGCUGCCAAUUCCAAUGUGGUCGCAACUGCAGGAACUCUAGGCUAUCGUGCACCAGAGCUUUCGAAGCUCAAGAAGGCCAAUACCAAAACUGAUGUCUACAGCCUUGGGGUAAUCAUGUUGGAGCUCUUAACAGGGAAGUCCCCAGGCGAGGCAAUGAAUGGUUCGGAUUUGCCUGAGUGGGUAGCAGCAAUUGUGAAAGAGGAGUGGACGAAUGAAGUUUUUGACUUGGAGCUAAUGAAGGAUGAGACGAACACAGGAGAUGAGUUGCUUAACACAUUGAAACUGGCUCUGCAUUGUGUCGAUCCCUCACCAGCAGCAAGGCCAGAAGUUCAGCAAAUUCUCCAACAUUUAGAGGAGAUUAAGCCAGAGCUCGCUUCUAGUUUUGGCGCUGAUGGAGCUAGAGUCCCAUCAGCAAGUGAAUAAAGGUUCUAUCAUUGAACUUGGGUUUAUAUAAGGUUUAUGCUGGUUCUAAACUUCUCUAGUUCGUGGGAUGCAAGUGUUUUGGUUGUCAGUUUUUUGUUAGUAAUAUGUAAAUGGACGUUUAAGUGAGCUUGUAUAACGUUAGUAUUCAUUUUAUCUAGGAAAUUAAUUAAUUCUUUCAUUCAUAUUUAUGUCAACAAACAAUAAAAUUUCAGUUUAAGUA